AUGCACGCACACAAGCGCGUGCGGAUGACUCGGGCAAUGCGGCUUCUUUCUCCGCUCUCGCUUCAUAGAACUAAGGCUGGGAAGUUUGAGGAGUCGUCAAGUGAACUUGGUGCUGGUGGGAUUCCACGUUCCCUUUUACAUGAUAUUAGACUCCGCCCUUCUUCUGAUCCAUUUGAGGAGAUAUUGAAAAGGUUGGCAGUAGAAGCGAAAAGUAGCCCGUUAUUGUCAACUAAUCAGCAGCUCCACAUCAGGAAGCGGCAGACUUUCUUCAGGAGUCCGGUGACUUCGUCUGAACACGUCUGCGAAAUCCUGGAGCUAAGCCCAUCCCAACUUCCCUACAGAGACAGGAGGAGAGAAAACACUGCAAGGCAUCUUUACAUUUGUGAUUAUCAUAAAAACUUAAUUCAGAGUGUUCGAAACAGAAGAAAGAGAAAAGGGAGUGAUGAUGAUGGAGGUGAUUCACCUGUUCAAGAUAUUGAUACUCCAGAGGUUGAUUUAUACCAAUUACAAGUAAAUACACUUAGGAGAUACAAAAGACACUUCAAGCUACCAACCAGACCAGGACUUAAUAAAGCACAACUUGUUGAGAUAGUUGGUUGCCACUUUAGGUCUAUUCCAGUGAAUGAAAAAGACACCUUAACAUAUUUCAUCUACUCAGUGAAGAAUGACAAGAACAAAUCAGAUCUGAAGGUUGAUAGUGGUGUUCACUAGGAGAGAUGGAAUUGAGACUAAUACUUGGAUGUUCAGAUGUUAAGACUGUUUACUGUUUUUUCACAUGUAGAAAUGUUCCUUGUGUAUUUUUUCUACAGAGGAUUUUCUCUGGUUUUAUUUUCUUUGUUUUUGACUUUAAUAAUUAGUUGGAAACUCAUGUAAAAUGAGCUUUCCUAGAUUAAAAAUAUUUUAAAUAAAGUUUAUUACUAUUAUA